AACAACAUCGUCCACGUUGAUCUGUGACGGACGAUCAUGAGAUGACAGGUCAUAUUUGAGAAGAAUGGGACAGAUUGGAAGCGCAAACCCCGCUCCCGUUCCAGGGGGGCAAGGAGAGGCGAAUGAUGGACCGUCGUGGUGGUGUAAACUCGUCGCCAAAGGAGCAGGAGUAGCAGCGGGCUUGUCGGCGCUUAUUAUUGGAAUAAUGAACUGCUUCACAUUUACCCCAAUAUGUUUGGCAGCAGCUGUUAUAUUGAUGAUGAUUGGGUGCAUGCUGAUAGCCAUGGAAGCUCCAUGCUGCUGCCCUUUCCUAGACUUCAUCCAGCCGCUGGGACGAUGGUCAGAUGCAAGGCCACAUCUUCAGAAAGCUAUACUAUAUGGAGUAUGUGCAGUAGUUCCGAUUGCCCUAUGUUUUACGCUGACACAGCUGUUGUCCUGUGCUCUCAUCAUGGCCACGGCUGUCUUCUAUGGCCUCAUGGCACUUGGCAAAAAAGCUGACCGAACUGAGAUGGCUGUGCGGGCAAGGACAACGGGCGACACGGAGAUGAAAGCCACGUUGAUUAACAAUAUGGACGUAGAGGCUGACCAGAAGUGAUUGACUUGUGUAGACCUAAUUUAUACAGUAUCCCAGUCUGUGCCAAAAAUCUGCAAGCUGAAAACUCAUCAAUUAUUGACAAUUUCAAACGCUUUCUGCUUUAUUCAUGGGCUCAAGGCAUCAAGUACAGUCUCUGCCAAGAAUGAUUGAGUCUACUAGCCUGUGUUUUGACUGCUUUUUCAGAUAAAUAUAGUAUAUGGGCUAUUGUGAGCUGAGCUUACUCUUACACAAAGAAAUGUUUACUACACUUGAGCUACAGGCUAGUGACUCACAGAUACAGACUGGUAUCUGUGUGUAAUUGCAGAUCACAGAUGGGUAGGUGCAUAUCACAGAUACAUAGUUUCAGACAACAGGUGUGUAGUUGAAGAUCACAGAUGGAUUGUUGAAGAUCACAGAUGUAUCGCUGAAAAUCAGAUAGUUGCAGAUCACAGAUGAAUAGAUUUAGAUAACAGAUGGAUAGAUGAAAAUCAAGAUAGUUGCAGAUGACAAGUGUAUAGUUGAAGAUCACGGAUGUAUAGUUGAAGAUCAGAGGUGGAUAGAUGAAAAUCAAGAUGUUAGAUGCAGAUCACAAGUGGAGUUGAAGAUCACAGAUGUAUAGUUGAAAACCACUUAUGUAUAGCUGAUGAUCACAAAUGGUUAAAUGCAGAUCAAAAGUGGAUAGGUGAAGAUCAAGUGAUGCUGUAAAACGUUAGCACAGGAUCCUUGCAGUGUACAGACAGCUGGUGUGAGAUACCUACAGAUGAGUAGCUGUAGACAGCAAGUGGUAGUAUAGAGGGCUGUCCAGUGGAGUCCCUAUGUUCUGCACAAAACAUUCUGACAAGCCUUCGUGCAACAGGAUCAAGUGUUUCCUCAAAUUGAUUAUUUAAAACCAAUAUCAUCAGUAGAUUGCCUGAAAGUGAUUAAUGGCUGUCCCUCUUACUCUUUCUCUGUGUUCACUAGACAGUGGUCCCUGGGAUCGUUAAGGGUGCCCCUAGCGUAUUUCGAUUUGCGGAACCCUGAAUCUUUACCAAUUUAGCAAGGAACCUGAAUAGUGGGACACCCUAAAACACCCUGGGGAUCUGAAUCUAGACAGCCCCUAAAUAUUUGCCUUUUAAAGUAAGGGCUAAUA